AUGGCUUCUCUGUCUUCGCCGCCGAGCACUGGAUCCUCUGCUCCACAGAGCGUAGAGAAGAUCAGCCGUCUCGCCCAGGACUACAAAUUUGACCCCGCGGUUCCGCUGCGGUACUGGCUGAGGACGGCUGCCACUCUUGUUCGCGAGGCUCGGAUCUACCUUCGCGAAGGACACGAUGAACAGGCGUAUCUACUUUUGUUCCGCCAUGCCCAGCUGGUACUCGUACACUUGGCCGACCAUCCUGAUUUGAAGGACGGGAAAGAUGUGAAGGAAGAACGGAAGGCUCUUGUGGGUGCGGAGAAGGAAGUCAAGCAGAAUCUUGAGAUCCUGGAGAAAUUGAAACCACGCAUCAAUAAGCGAUAUGAGAGAUACACACAGUUGAUGCGCGAGCGGCAACAUCGCAUGUCGUCGGCUACGGCGAGCCCUGCCGUCUCGACUCAGCCACCAAGCGCAUCUGAUCCUGCUCUAUCAGGCGUUGCCGAACCCUUGGAAGCUGGGAAGGACAGCGAGCUAGCUGUAAAACUGGCUCGGACGGAGAUUAGCCGUAGAGCAACAGCUAGGAAUGCCAUGCGCCAUGGGCAAAGCGGCGGUGAUGAGUCAAGUCGCCGCGCAGCAGGAAUAUGGGGAGACUGGGAAGAGGCCUUACAGCGGAAUGAGGGUCGGGAGCCAGAUGAUCUGAGCCGGCGCAUCCAGGAAGUGAGGCUCAAUCUGGAGAAUGGUCCGCAGGCACGGUCUCGCCCAGCGAAGUCUGCAACACGCCCGUCGACCGAGAUUCCAUCCACAUCCGCUUACAAGUAUCCCACCGUUCCCCGUCAGAAAUCUUUCGAUAUCACCUCUCCGGCAGGGAUCCCUCGGCCGAUGCCUGAGAAGCCCACAAAGCCGCCAAUACUUCCCCCAAAAGAGAGCUACGGCUCUCUUGACGGACCACCACCCCGGCCGGACAAGCUAUCGGCCGAAUCUCUAUCAGAACUUGCGCCUGCAGUCCCUGCUAAGGUAACGCCAGACGAGCGACGCAAGGGCCUAGAUCCGUCCAGUUUCACCUUCAAACCCUCCGCCUAUCUCGAAAACGGCACACCCCUCCGCACCGUCUUCCUCCCGCCACAUCUACGGACACAUUUCCUGUCCCUUGCCGCAUCGAACACUCGAAAGAACCUGGAGACGUGUGGUGUCCUUUGCGGCACAUUAAUCUCCAAUGCUCUCUUCAUCUCUAGACUUCUAAUUCCGGAACAGGUUUCCACAUCAGAUACUUGUGAGACGGUAAACGAAUCUGCGAUAUUUGACUAUUGUGAUUCAGAGGACCUAAUGGUGCUUGGCUGGAUCCACACGCACCCGACUCAGACCUGCUUCAUGAGCUCAAGAGAUCUUCAUACGCACUGCGGCUAUCAAGUGAUGCUUCCGGAGAGUAUUGCUAUUGUGUGCGCGCCGAGCCAAACGCCAGAUUGGGGCGUCUUUCGCUUGACGGAUCCACCGGGGCUCAAGUCAGUUCUGAGCUGUACUCAGACUGGACUGUUCCAUCCACAUGCUGAAACCAACCUGUACACCGACGCAUUGCGUCCGGGACAUGUUUUCGAGGCGAAUGGGCUGGAAUUUGAGACAAUCGACCAGCGGGUGAAGCAGUGA